AUGUCCUCGUCCUCCGGGGAGCAGCGCGUUGCGUUCCGCUCCACGGCCGUGGUCACGGGAUUUGAGGGCAAGGUGGAGUGCGUGACGCACUACUCGUCGCGCGUGGUCGUGGGCUCCAAGGACGGACGCCUCGUCAUGUAUGAUACACGCAAAGGCACGUCCACAUCCACAGCCUCGCACACUUUUUCACACGGCCAGCGCGUGGAGCAACUGCUCGCUGUGCCUCAUAUCCGUAUGCUCAUCGUCGUCUCCAACGGGGAAAUAUCAGCCCACGGCGCUACAGACCUCAAGCCACUGGACUUUGACUUCUCUAAAACUAACAUGCACAAGGUGCGACUUGUGUGCGUGAACCAGCGCGGCCCGCCACACUUCCGCCUGGGUAUAGCGAUGCUAAAGAGGAAAGCCAUUGCUAUCUACCAGUACCACAGCAGCGACAAAAGCUACGUCUUCUUAAGAGAGUUCAGUACCCAAGACGUACCUGAAGCCAUGAGCUGGUACAGGAACAAAGUCGUGGUCGGCUUUAGGAAGGACUACUAUCUACUAAACGACAAGUCUGGAGACGCCACACAGAUCAACUCUCCUGGUAUCCAAGACCCCACAGUGUUUCCCGUGGCUAAACUGCUGCCGAAAGAGGAGAUUCUAGUCGCCGUGAUGGAUCGAGUCGGAGUUUUCGUGGGCUUUACGGGAGAUACUUUGCCCAAGAAUUCAGUGACCUGGUCUCAGAGCCCGCAACAAGUAGAAUUUUCUUCUCCGUACUUGCUGGCAUUAGUGCCGAGAGUGGGUGUCGAGAUCCAUCGAGCCAGUGAUGGAGCUCUCGUGCAGACUAUGCCGCUCACACGAGCCGUGUGCAUGUUCGGCAACGGUAUGAAGUGGGAUAUGGAACCGAGACAAAGUGGGGACAGCGAGGAUAUCAUCAUUGUCGGCGUGAGAGAGUCGAAUGGCACGUCCAGCGUCAUGAAGGUCGAGCCGAUGCCGUUGGAUCAACAGGUUGGAGAACUUUUGGAUCGUGGACAGAUCGACGAGGCGCAGAAUCUUGUGAGGAAGUCCAUUUCGUCCCUAUCGAGUGACAAACAACGCAGCAAGAUUAAACGCUUCCAACGUCAAGCUACGGUGGCGCUUUUACGUCGACUGGAGUUUGACCAGGCUGCUGACUACAUGUACCGCGCUGCUAUUGAGCCGUGUGAGUUUAUUGCCUUCUUCCCAGACCUUCAGUGCUCCUCGUUCGCGUACGAGCCUUCAGUGCUCAAGCCCGAAGUGCUCCCUCGUGGUAGUAGCUCAGCUCCCGAUAUUACGUCAGUUGUGCAGGAACUUCUCUCGUCUCCACGUGCUCCUCUAAGCAGCGACAUUGCCAAGAGUGACGCUGCUGAUCUCGUCAAUGCUGCACAGAAAGCGCUUCUCAAGUUCCUCAACCAGUUCAAGAAACACAUGCGAGACAAGGCUCGCGCCCGUGUGCGCACCAUGUCUUCAGCGCGUGGUCGUACAGGAUCGAAUGCCAGUCCCAAGGAUGCACGUCGCAUCGAAGCGAUCGAUACGGCGCUCUUCCGUCUCUACGUUCACUUUAAGAGAUACAAGGAGCUGCUUGUUCUCAUCCAGGAGCCAAACCCAGACGUGGAGGGUCCGCCAGGAUCGCUCGGAGGCUGCGCGCUUGAGCUGGAAUCGUGUCGCUCACUGCUGAUGAAGCACAAAUUGUACUACGAGGCAGGUCAGCUGCUGUGCGCUCACCAAAGCUACGAUGACGCCCUCGAAAUACUUGCCCUGCUGCAUCACGGCGAGUACAAACAGCGCGGUGGGUCAAGCGGCAUGCCCAAGUCGCCGAUCGAGGCAGCCAUUGAUGUGCUUGUGUCUGUUCCCGAGUCCGAGAGCGAGUUCAUCUUGAAGCAGUCGAUUUGGAUUAUCAAGGCGACAUCUGCUAAGCAAGCCCUGCGUAUCUUCACAGAGCGCCGGCCACCAUUGCCAUCGAAUGAUGUGGUUGCACACUUGAGGGAGCACUCGAAUGACCCGGCUAUUGUUCAAAGGUACUUGGAAACUCUCGUUAAGGCGAAUGGUGAAGCAGGCGCAGCUCUCACAAGUGCAGCAACUGGUUCAGGAAGUGACAGUGGGGUCAGUAUCGAGGGCAGCAGUAGAGGCUUUAAUGCCUUUGCUGACCCUGCAGCUGCAGAGUUGGGAGUAAAUGACAGCUACAGUCACUUCUUGGCUGGUGACAAUGACGACGACGAUGAGCCUACACGUGGCCCAGACGGUGGCGCGGCGUCAAUUGUGGUAGACCCUCAUCACACCCGUUUGGCUCUGGAAUACCUCGACGAAACAUUGCGACUUGUAGCCAAGGGAGAGACGCCGUCAAAGUCUCAACCAGGCAAGGAGCCUGGUCAGUUGGGUGAGGCUCGUAAACGGCUACUUAAAUUCCUCAAGUCAGGUUCGUCACGCUACGACGUGGUGCCGCUGGUGGAGAAGAUCAGGGGCAAGCCCCUGUACAACGAGUUCGUGAUCCUGUGUGGUCGUGGUGCGUUGCAUGAAGAGGCUGUGACGUCGCUCGUCUACGAAUUGAAUGACCUCCGCGGUGCAGAAAGCUACUCGGUCAAGUAUGGGGCCCGUGCGGCUUCGGUUGGGUCGUCAAUAGGGCCUAACAAGAAGACUGGGGCGGGAGCCGCCAUGGAGCGUAAUGAGGCUCUGAUAGAACUGCUGAAGAUUUGCUUCUCGCCUCGUGACGAGUCCAAGAAGGCAGCGUUCAACGACUUCGGGUUCCAGCUACUUGCACGUCACGGCAAGAGCCUCGACAGCGCUGCUGUGUUGGAUAUGGUGCCACUGACCACACCGCUGUCCAAACUGGGAGAAUUCUUCGCACAAGCCUUGCCACACAGUGCGCACAACGUGCGUGAGAUGAGCAUCACCAAGUCGCUGUCGAACGUCUACAACCUCCAAGUCCAAUGCGACCGCGUGGAGCGCUUGACCCAAAGUGUGCAGGUGGACCCCAACACCCUAUGUCCAGUGUGCCACAAGCGCAUCGGCGACAUCGUGUUCGCAGUUUACCCGAACGGCAAGGUUGUGCAUUACAACUGCACCAACAGCAACCUCCAGCUUUGUCCUGUUACAGGCGAGCGCUUCUCUUAA